GAACCACGAAAAAGGAUGAGCGUUGAUAUAUGAAAGUAAAAGAUGAGAAGAGAGGUUGGUCGGAGAACAUAAUCUUUGUCGAUUCCAGAAAUGUGUAGCACUAGCAUUAGCAUAGCUUCCUCACACCAAAGCUUUCUCACCAACGCCCUUAUUCCACCAAAGUUCAGGACCACCAGGAUUAGUAUUGUUUCUUGCAGUUCCCCACAACAAUCUCCAAGGAAGAAGAAUAAUGAGAACAAGUUGGCAAAGUUAGCAAUGGUUGCAGUUGCUGUUGGGGUGUUAACACUUGGGUCAGUUCAUGAUGCAUCAGCUGCCAAGACUGGUGGUAGAAUUGGUGGCCAGGCCUUCAAGUCAGCAGCUCCACGCUCCGCACCAAGAAUCAACAAUUCCAGGACCAACAUCUAUAUCAAUCCUCGAGUGGCACCUCCGCUUGUUGGUGGCUAUGGCUAUGGUUAUGGUGGCUGGGGAUGGUCUCCAUUUUCAUUCUUUGCACCAGGUCCCAGUGUAGCUGUAGGCGUUGGAGGUGGAUUUGACACUAUUCUUCUGUUUAUGUUUCUUGGUGCUGCUGCUGCAGUUGUGAGGAGAUUCUUUGGGUCAAGAAAUGAAGAUGAUGACUACUAGCAGCAUAAAAGGCUUUUUAAAGAGAGUGUUAUUUUGAUGUAUAGAAGAAUGGAAGAGUGACCAAUUAAUUACUUUGAUGUAUUUUGAGAUAUUAUACUUGAAAACCAAAGCAAUCAUGUGCUUUCUAAUGCACUGAUUUACAAUUUACAUGCUUGUUAUACAGGAUGUAAUGAAACAAUAGACAUACAUUGUACUUGUUCAGGGAAGUUCCCAAUAUUUACACUAAUUUAAAAACAAUCAAGAAAAGCA